AUGGCAAACCCGUUCAGAUAUAUUCGUGACAAAGUUCAAGAAAAGAAGAUUGAAAAAUUAGCAAAAAAAAGCGGCACAACACUUGCAAACCUCCCUCCCUUCCUUAAUAAUCACAACACAGCUACUUUGGUUCUCCGAGCUUUGAAAGGAUACGAAAACAUGCCAGCUCUUGUAUUUAAUUGGAAUCCAGCAGGAUUCAAUGAUAUUGGCACUGCUCCAGGAUUACGAAAUGGUGUUGCAGGCCAAAACUUGGCUGCAAUUAUUGCAAAUCUUACCGCAAAUGGUGCGACGAAUUAUAACAACGUUGUAUUUACAUUUCCAAAUGGUAACGCCAUUGGAGUAUGGAUCAAUCAAAUUAGUGUAAACAUACCAUGGGCAAUAAAUCAGGUGGGAGUUCCAGACGUCGUCACUUCGGUCACCAGGAUUAACCGGAUUACCGAACGUGACACUGGAACACCCUCAACCGCAUUUGAUCUUGAGGACUACAGAAAAGCUUUCGCUUAA